GCUGACGUCGCCGGCGGCCGCGGCCUCUGAAGCGGGUUGGGGCGCGGGGGGCGCCGAGUUUGACUAGUUUGGGGGCCGAUCCGCGCCUGGCGCUGCACCCGCCGCGCCCCGCGAGCCGCGCCUCGGCUGGACCCAGCGCGUCCCUCCCGUUCCCGUGGGGCCCCGCGCUGGCGGCUGGGCGGCGCUCGGCGAAAGUUGGUCCCUCACAGGCGGGCGAGCGGUCGCGGCCAUGGAGCCCCGCUGCAUGGAGUACUUCAGCGCCCAGGUGCAGCAGAAGGACGUCGGCGGCCGCCUGCAGGUCGGCCAGGAGCUGCUGCUCUACCUCGGCGUCCCCGGCGCCAUCCCAGACCUGGAGGAGGACCUGGGCUGUCUGGGCAGGACGGUCGACGCUCUCACCGGCUGGGUGGGCUCGAGCAACUACCGGGUGUCAUUAAUGGGAUUGGAAAUUUUAAGUGCCUUCGUGGACAGACUAUCAACACGAUUUAAGUCCUAUGUAGCAAUGGUUAUUGUAGCUUUAAUAGACAGAAUGGGAGAUGCCAAAGACAAGGUUCGAGAUGAAGCUCAGACUCUGAUACUGAAGUUAAUGGAUCAAGUAGCACCACCUAUGUACAUUUGGGAACAGUUGGCUUCUGGUUUUAAGCACAAGAAUUUUCGAUCUCGAGAAGGCGUGUGUCUGUGUCUUAUUGAAACAUUAAACAUUUUUGGAGCUCAGCCACUAGUCCUCAGCAAGUUGGUACCACAUUUGUGUAUCCUAUUCGGAGAUUCCAACAGUCAGGUUAGAGAUGCUGCAAUAUUGGCUGUGGUGGAGAUUUAUAGACAUGUGGGAGAGAAAGUGAGAGUGGACCUUUAUAAGAGAGGAAUUCCCCUUGCUAGAUUAGAAAUGAUACUUGGCAAAUUUGAUGAAGUGCAAAAUUCAGGUGGUAUGAUUUUGAGUGCCUGCAAAGAUAAAAGCUUUGAUGAUGAAGAAUCAGUGGAUGGAAAUAGGCCAUCAUAGCUGCUUCAGCCUUCAAGGUGUCCUGCACCUAAAACAUCCGGAAAUCCUGUCAACAGUGCAAGGAAGCCUGGUUCAGCAGGUGGCCCUAAGGUUGGAGGUGCUUCUAAGGAAGGAGGUGCCGGAGCAGUUGAUGAAGAUGAUUUUAUAAAGGCUUUUACAGAUGUCCCUUCUAUACAGAUCUAUUCUAGUCGAGAACUUGAAGAAACAUUAAAUAAAAUCAGGGAAAUUUUGUCAGAUGACAAACAUGACUGGGAUCAGCGUGCCAAUGCACUUAAGAAAAUUCGAUCAUUGCUUGUUGCUGGAGCUGCACAAUAUGAUGGCUUUUUCCAACAUUUACGCUUGUUGGAUGGAGCACUUAAACUUUCAGCUAAGGAUCUUAGAUCCCAGGUGGUUAGAGAAGCUUGCAUCACUGUGGCCCAUCUUUCAACAGUUUUGGGAAACAAGUUUGAUCAUGGAGCUGAAGCCAUUGUACCUACACUUUUUAAUCUCGUCCCCAAUAGUGCAAAAGUCAUGGCAACUUCUGGAUGUGCAGCAAUCAGAUUCAUAAUUCGGCAUACUCAUGUACCCAGACUUAUACCUUUAAUAACAAGCAAUUGCACAUCAAAAUCAGUUCCUGUAAGGAGGCGUUCAUUUGAAUUUUUAGAUUUGUUGUUACAGGAGUGGCAGACUCAUUCAUUGGAAAGACAUGCAGCCGUCUUGGUUGAAACUAUUAAGAAGGGAAUUCAUGAUGCUGAUGCUGAGGCCAGAGUGGAGGCAAGAAAGACUUACAUGGGUCUUAGAAACCACUUUCCUGGUGAAGCUGAAACACUGUAUAAUUCCCUUGAGCCAUCUUAUCAGAAGAGUCUUCAAACUUACUUAAAGAGUUCUGGCAGUGUAGCAUCUCUUCCACAAUCAGACAGGUCCUCAUCUAGCUCACAAGAAAGUCUCAACCGCCCUUUUUCUUCCAAAUGGUCUACAGCAAACCCAUCAACUGUUGCUGGAAGAGUAUCAGCAGGCAGCAGCAAAGCUAGUUCCCUUCCAGGAAGCCUACAGCGUUCACGAAGUGAUAUUGAUGUGAAUGCUGCUGCUGGUGCCAAGGCACAUCAUGCUGCUGGGCAGGCUGUACGAAGUGGGCGGUUAGGUGCAGGUGCCCUGAAUCCAGGUUCCUACGCAUCACUAGAGGAUACUUCUGACAAGAUGGAUGGAACAGCAUCUGAAGAUGGCCGGGUGAGAGCAAAGCUUUCAGCACCACUUGCUGGUAUGGGAAACUCCAAGACAGAUUCCAGAGGAAGAAGUCGAACAAAAAUGGUGUCUCAGUCACAGCGUUCAUCAUCACCUGACAAAAAUGAAGGAUCACAAUCUGCUAAUACCAUUGGUGCUGGCAGCCGGUCUGGGUCUCCGGGCAGAGUUCUGACCACAACAGCCCUCUCCACUGUGAGCUCUGGUGUUCAAAGAGUCCUGGUCAAUUCAGCCUCAGCACAGAAGAGAAGCAAGAUACCACGAAGCCAGGGCUGUAGCAGAGAGGCUAGUCCAUCUAGGCUCUCAGUGGCCCGAAGCAGUCGUAUUCCUCGACCAAGUGUGAGUCAAGGGUGCAGCCGGGAAGCCAGUCGGGAGAGCAGCAGGGAUACGAGUCCUGUUCGCUCUUUUCAGCCCCUUGCCUCCAGACACCAUUCCAGAUCUACUGGUGCCCUCUACGCCCCCGAUGUGUAUGGGGCCUCAGGUCCAGGGUAUGGGAUCAGCCAAUCAAGCCGACUGUCAUCCUCUGUCAGUGCCAUGCGAGUCCUGAACACAGGUUCCGACGUGGAGGAGGCAGUAGCGGAUGCCUUGCUCUUAGGAGACAUACGGACUAAGAAAAAACCUGCUCGCAGAAGAUAUGAAUCCUAUGGGAUGCAUUCAGAUGAUGAUGCCAACAGCGAUGCAUCCAGUGCUUGUUCAGAACGCUCCUAUAGCUCUCGGAAUGGUAGUAUUCCUACAUACAUGAGGCAGACGGAAGAUGUGGCAGAAGUCCUCAACAGAUGUGCUAGCUCCAACUGGUCAGAAAGGAAAGAAGGCCUCCUGGGUCUGCAGAACUUACUAAAAAAUCAGAGAACGCUAAGUCGAGUUGAACUGAAAAGAUUAUGUGAAAUUUUCACAAGAAUGUUUGCUGAUCCUCAUGGCAAGAGAGUGUUCAGCAUGUUUUUGGAGACUUUAGUGGACUUCAUACAAGUCCACAAAGAUGAUCUUCAAGAUUGGUUGUUUGUACUGCUGACCCAACUACUAAAAAAAAUGGGUGCUGAUUUGCUUGGGUCUGUUCAAGCAAAAGUUCAGAAAGCCCUCGAUGUUACAAGAGAAUCUUUUCCAAAUGAUCUUCAGUUCAAUAUUCUAAUGAGAUUUACAGUUGAUCAGACCCAGACACCAAGCUUGAAGGUGAAGGUUGCUAUCCUCAAAUACAUAGAAACUCUGGCCAAACAGAUGGAUCCAGGAGAUUUUAUAAAUUCCAGUGAAACUCGCCUGGCAGUGUCUCGGGUCAUCACUUGGACAACAGAACCCAAAAGUUCUGAUGUUCGGAAGGCAGCGCAGUCAGUCCUGAUUUCCUUAUUUGAACUCAAUACCCCAGAGUUUACAAUGUUAUUAGGAGCUUUACCAAAAACUUUUCAGGAUGGUGCUACCAAACUUCUUCAUAAUCACCUUCGAAACACUGGCAAUGGAACCCAGGGUUCCAUGGGGAGUCCUUUGACAAGACCAACACCACGGUCACCUGCCAACUGGUCCAGUCCUCUUACUUCUCCUACCAACACGUCACAGAAUACUUUGUCUCCAAGUGCAUUUGAUUAUGACACAGAAAAUAUGAAUUCUGAAGAUAUUUAUAGCUCUCUUAGAGGUGUCACUGAAGCAAUUCAGAAUUUCAGCUUCCGCAGUCAAGAAGAUAUGAAUGAGCCAUUGAAAAGGGAUUCUAAAAAAGAUGAAGGCGAUUCAACAUGUGGCGGUCCUGGGAUGUCUGACCCAAGAGCAGGAGGUGAUGCUACUGACUCAAGCCAAACAGCCCUUGAUAAUAAAGCUUCAUUGCUCCAUUCGAUGCCUGCUCACUCCUCUCCACGCUCUCGAGACUAUAGUCCGUAUAACUACUCAGAUAGCAUCAGUCCCUUCAAUAAGUCUGCCCUCAAGGAAGCCAUGUUUGAUGAUGAUGCUGACCAGUUUCCUGAUGAUCUUUCCCUAGACCAUUCUGACCUGGUUGCAGAGUUAUUGAAGGAGUUGUCUAACCAUAAUGAACGUGUAGAAGAAAGAAAAAUCGCCCUCUAUGAACUCAUGAAACUGACACAGGAAGAAUCUUUCAGUGUUUGGGAUGAACACUUCAAAACAAUAUUACUUUUAUUGCUUGAAACCCUUGGGGAUAAAGAGCCUACAAUCAGGGCUUUGGCAUUAAAGGUUUUAAGAGAAAUCCUAAGGCAUCAACCAGCAAGAUUUAAAAACUAUGCAGAACUGACUGUCAUGAAAACACUGGAAGCACAUAAAGAUCCUCAUAAGGAGGUGGUGAGAUCUGCUGAGGAGGCUGCGUCAGUGUUGGCCACUUCAAUCAGUCCGGAGCAGUGCAUCAAAGUGCUUUGUCCCAUCAUCCAAACUGCAGAUUACCCAAUUAAUCUGGCUGCAAUCAAAAUGCAAACAAAAGUGAUAGAGAGAGUUUCCAAGGAAACCCUUAACCUGCUUUUGCCAGAGAUUAUGCCAGGCCUAAUACAGGGUUAUGAUAAUUCGGAGAGCAGUGUUCGGAAAGCUUGUGUCUUCUGCCUGGUGGCUGUUCAUGCGGUAAUUGGUGAUGAACUAAAACCACAUCUCAGCCAGCUCACUGGCAGUAAAAUGAAGCUACUGAACCUUUACAUCAAACGCGCACAAACAGGUUCUGGAGGAGCUGAUCCCACUACUGAUGUUUCUGGACAAAGUUAGUGAAGCUGAUGGAAGUGAACCAGGUCUCUCAAAGGAAGGACAGACAGACCACCCUCAUCAAUGAAAGGAAAUUUUCAAAUACAUCUUUUGGAAGUUACCAUUGUUUCCCAGUUUUAGUUUUUUGUUUUGUUUUGUGUUUUCUGUAACAGAGGGCUAUCCUCAGUCUGCAUGUAACUUUUAUGAUAGUUAUUCCAAAUUCAGGAAGAAGCAGUAUUAACAUCAGUUGGUCAAUACAAAGUAAUUUUUAAUCUAAUUCAUCAUUUCACAUGUUUUACUUCUUUGUCCUCCCAUUAACCUUUGCCAGUGUUAUGAUUGUAUCCAUUUUUUUAAAUGCUGGUUAAACAGGAAUGCUUAAAGCUUUAAAAGUUUAACAGUCUAAAACAUUUUUUGGCCUUUAUUCAAAUGCAGAAUAAUAUUUUUAUUGCUACUUUGAGUUUUGUUCCGUAUCAUGUCCUAUGCUAGAAAUAUUGAAAUGAUGUGAAAUAAAGCAGGACUAAUCUGAACUACAGCUGGACUCUGUUGGUGUGAUGGUGAUACACGUCAUUAAUUAGUUCCAACUUCUUUGGGGUGAUCUGUAGUUUAAAACUAAGACCUCAAAGACAUGUUACAGAAUCAGCCAGUUCUGUAAGGCUGAUACCCUUUGUUGGUUGUUGAUCUUGCCAUCUUUAUUUAAAACCAUGUCCCCUCUAUGAUCCCUUAAGAAAGCUGUACCAAAUCAUCAGCCUGUAUUUUUCUUGUUACUUAUUAAAAUAGAAGGUUUCAUUGCAGGGUUUUUUGGUUUGUUUAUCUUUGUUGUGAAUGAUGCUUUUUUUAUUUAUUAAUAUCAAAUUCACUUAUGAAUAAACUUGAUAAUGGAAACAUAAAAAAAAAAUCAAGUGCAUGUGUGUCCUUGACCGUCUUCUGUUUCUCAUUUAAUAAACAAACUAAUUAUUGAGACAUGGGAGUCGACCAGCACCUUUUCUUUAAAUGGUGGAACCUGGUUUCCUUUUACCAUGAAAUUGUCUUACUUGAAAACAUUGAUCCUGAUGAGAGAGAAGAUGGUGCCAAGGUUAUUAUCUUUGUAUAAUGGGCUCAAAUUCUCUACCUCUUCAGGGCUAAUACUUUUAACUGAGCUGCUGCCUAUAGUGUCUUUUGGAAAACUAUUAAAAGGGUGAUUUUCUGUUACUUUUUAACAAAUUUUUUUAAUCACCUUUUGCUACACCUCUUAUUUUCAUGUGCAGCCAACUUUCAAAAAUUACCAGUUUUGGUGGAAGGCAAAUUAAAUUAGGUAAUUUGGAACCAGGAUACUAAUGAUUUCUCAUCUUGACUUUUUUUUAAAUCCUAACAUAAAGUGAAUUUGACUGGAAAGGCAAAUACCUAUUAGGGAGGCAAUUUGCUUUUGUUACAGAGUUAUCUGUACUUUCUCUGUUUAAUCGAAAAAAUGUAGAAAUGUAUGUAAAGAAUUUAAGGCAAGAGUUCUGAAUGGAUGAUUUGUGAUAGGCUUUUACCUUCCUUCGUUUUUGUUCUAGCAGCAGGAAAAUAGUUUCUCUAUAUCCCCCCUUUAUCUGUAACAAUUUUGUUUUCUACUGUUAAUUACAUUGUGUAUUUAUAGUUCUAUGCUUACUGUUGUGCAUAUACUGGCAAUAAAACUGUACAUAACAUUACUUGAACAAAUUAACAAUGUAUAUCAGUUGUUUUUCUGUCUCACUGUGUGACAAGCCACUUAUCUCAUAACUAGGUUUUUAAAAAUGUUUAGAAAGUCCUGUUUCAGUGGUAUUCUCAUGAAUUUGUAAGUGCAUCCAAGGAGAAAAGAUGUGUCAGGGGUAGCAGUCACAGUCCAAUGUAUAUAGCUCUAUAUGCAUGUAUAUAUUAUAGCUUAUCCUUAAAAAGAAAAGGUAUUUUAAACAUUGAACUUGUCUCAGUAAUGCUUUAUGUUCCAUGACCUUUGGUAUGUUUUAUAAUCAUUUUGGAUCUAAAUAUUGAUCUAAUUUUGACCUCUUCUUUAAGGUCCUGCUCUAACUACUGUUGACAACUAAAUAGAGUGGCUUAAGCUGAAUAAUAACUCUACUUGAAAACUUAGAUCAAACACCUGGCAUCUAAAGGCAGGCACUCAAGAAAUGAAUGAACUGAGUAACAGAAGAGUAUGGUUUAAUGUGACGAAGUGAAAGCUAAGUCAUGUUUAAAAUUCUGUUAUUUCAGUUGAUAAGACUAUAAGAAAGUUAUUGUUGACUAUUCAGAUUGCUAUAUAUAAUACCUUUAAUUUGUUCAUUCCAGAAACAUAUUAAGAUGUCGGCUAUUAAAGAAUGGUGAUAAAAAGCUACUGGU